AUGAAUAGUCUAUAUCUUUGUAUUAUAAACACACACAUAUAUGUUAUGUUCAUUACAUUAUUUUUUCAUCUUAUUAAGUUCAAUAAAGCAAAAUGUCGUUAUGACUUUUUCGACAAUAUUAGUAAUUAUAUGAAAGAUGGAAAAAGUAUUGAAGAUACUGUUAGAUCGGUUGACGCAUCUAAAUAUUGUGAUUCCUUUUCUAGUGCUACGGCAUCUCAAUUAGGAGAUAAAGAAAAUGCAAAAUAUAUAUGUGAAAUAUUUACAAAACUAUGUAAUCAUUUCCCCAAUUGUAAAAAACAAGAACAGAAUACUAGUUAUAAACAAAAUUGUGGGCUGUUAAAUUAUUGGUUAAAUAUGAAAUUGAACGAUGAUAAAAUUAAUGGAAAAACAUGUGUUUUAGAAAUCGAAAAUACUAUACAGAGUCAGUGUUCUGAUAUAUUCGAAUUUAAUUUCGAUUCAUUAAAUUUUUUAUACGACAUUAAAAAGGAAGAACUUCAUAAAAUGAAUAUAUUAUAUAGUUUAUAUCAGAACUAUAGUAAACUUAAAAAUAUUAUAGAAAAUAAGUCGGGGCCGGAAAAAACGUCAUUAUUACCUCACUCAACUGCAUGUUGCGCUGAUUACAAUAAAGCUAAAUAUAUAUGCAGUGAUGAUAAUAAUAAGAUUACAUUUUGUAAAAAACUAGUAACAUUUGAAUCAAAAUAUGAUGAACUUUAUAAUACAUUCAAAGGAAAAAAAUCUGAAUUUUCUGAUGAUCUUAUAAAAUUAUCAGAAUGCACCGAUAAUAAAAUUAUAACAACCGCAGUUACAGGAACAGUUGUUGGAUUAAUUCCCUUAUUUGGGGUUUUAUAUAAGUUUACUCCAAUGGGACAAUUGCUUAAAUCAAAAAUAGGAAUAUUAAAUAAUGAUAUUAGCAAUAAUGAUGAAGAAUAUACAAAAAUAUCAUUAAUGGAGCAAGAAAGUGAUCAUAUAAGUUCACGGCAAGGGACAUAUAAUAUUAAAUAUCAAACAUUAUGA